AUGAAAGACAUUUCGUAUUGGAUUCUCCUCUCCGUCUUUGAAGAGCUGCGCGGGAACAAAAGGGAUAUUUAUCGCUUUGGAGCAUGUUUAGGCGUUAAAAUAGCCGAAGAAAUAUCCUACCAGGAAAUCUCCCAGGACACUCUUAUGCACACCCUGCAAAGCCUCACCCCCACGCUAGAAGAGUACUUGCAGUGCUGCCUUCAAUGCGCUGAGGAAAACGGAGAAGUGCGGAUGCACGUGAAGGAGACAUCUAUGCUAGAGCGUGCUGCGGAAAAGGUAGAGAUAGUUGCAGGUGCUGUCUCCGCUGCGGUUGAGAGACUGCGCGGAAAAAAGGUGCGAGUAAAGACGUACGCCGCCAAGUCCCUGAUUGUCCUCUCAGAUAAAUAG